AUGGAGGACCGGGAGACUGUGCCGGAGACAAGAUUGUCCAGGGCUGUGUAUUCUAGGGAGAAUGUGGCCAAUGCCUGUAACUUGGAUGUGAACAAGCUGGAGAUGGUUCGGACGCUGUUUAUAACGUCGAGCUCCUAUAAGUACAAAGCAUUCCAGGAGUUUUUGGGAGCUCCUGUGCAGAUGAUUAGACUAGACAUUGAGGAGAUCCAGGGAAGCAAGGAAGAGAUUAUCAUUGACAAGCUCCAGAAAGUAAGCCACCUGGUCACGGAGUCCACUUUUGUCUUUGUGGACGACACCAGCAUCCACAUGAGUGGGCUAGGAGGAUUUCCAGGGCAAUAUGCCAAGGAUUUCCUAAAGAUGGGCGCUCCGAGAGUGCUUGAGGUUGCGUCGAAGGUCGGAGGGGAAUGUGUGUACUCCACGAUUAUCGGAGUGGUGCAUAUGCAUAAGGGAAAGAUGGUUACAAGGACAUUUGCAGGAGAGGUACAUGGAAGCAUUAUGCCAAGGGACGGGGUUAAGCCGGAGAUAUUCAGCGAUCUCUUUACUGCAGAGGAAGAUGAGCACGACGAGAUGCCCCAUGGGAUAGCAGGGAUCAAGAUAGGAAGGUAUAGGGCUGUUGAAAAGGUCAAGAGGUACUUGGCCGAGAUUGGGGUAUAUGACAGGAUGUUUGAUCAUUAA